UGUCCAUCUCCCAACCCAUCCAUCCCCAUCUAUCUACCUACCAUCGCCCCAAUCCUUCCAUCCCCAUGAGCUGUCCCCUCCACCUGUCCAUCCCCCAGUCCAUCACCGCUCCAUCCAUCGCUGUCCCCACGCCGGCAGGUUUGAAGCGGCUGACGGGGCGCAGCGACGUGAGCGAGGCCCUGACAGAGAUGAAGGAGGAGAAGCGGCGCAUGGACAUGGAGCGCAAGGUCUCCAUCACCCAGCUCUUCCGGUGCCGGAUCUAUCGCCAGCCGCUGCUCAUCGCUGUGGUGCUCCAGCUGUCCCAGCAGCUCUCCGGCAUCAAUGCGAUAUUCUAUUACUCCACCAGUAUCUUUGAGUCAGCCGGGCUGGAGCAGCCGGUGUUCGCCACGAUCGGCGCUGGGGCCAUCAACGCCGCCUUCACCAUUGUCUCGCUGUUCCUGGUGGAGCGGGCAGGCCGCCGGACACUGCACCUGGUGGGGCUGGGAGGCAUGUUGGUUUGUGCCGUGGUGAUGACGGUGGCGCUGGUGUAUCUGGAUCGGGUGCCGGCCAUGAGUUACAUCAGCAUGGUGGCCAUCUUCGGCUUCGUGGCUUUCUUCGAGAUCGGGCCAGGGCCCAUCCCGUGGUUCAUCGUGGCCGAGCUGUUCAGCCAGGGGCCCCGCCCGGCGGCCAUGGCGGUGGCCGGGAGCUGCAAUUGGACCUGCAACUUCAUCGUCGGCAUGGCCUUCCAGUCCCUGGCGGACGCCUGCGGGCCGUACGUCUUCCUCAUCUUCGCGGCCCUCCUCCUUGGUUUCUUCCUCUUCACCUACUUCAAAGUCCCUGAGACGCGGGGCCGGACCUUUGAUCAGAUUGCGGCCGCGUUCCGACGCACCCCGUCUCUAUUAGACCACGAAAUCAAACCCUCCACCGAGCUGGACUGUCUGGGGCCAGAGGACAACGUCUGACCUGGGGCGGGAGCGAUUGGCCAGAGAGAGACACACGCGAGGAAUGUAACCGUAACCCAGCACUUUAACGACACAGCGAGGUUUAGAGAUUUUUAGGUUAGUUGUUUUGUUUUUAGCUUUAUGGGUUUUAUUUUUAAGAUUAUAUAUAUAGAGAGAGAGAGAGAGAAAGAGAGAGUGAUUGUGUUGCGUGUGUGUGUGUAUGUGUGUGUGUAUGUGUAUGUGUGUGUGUGUGUGUCGGAGGAACGGAGAUAAAGAUGUGUUGGGAGCUGCGGAAGGAGCUUGGUUAAGUGACAAAGGAAGGGGAACCUGGAGGAGAAUCCAGCUCAGCUGGGGGCACGCUCUUGGAAUCGGAGGCAGGGAAAAGACCUCCCCGAGACCAUAUCCAGCAGCUGGAACAGAUGUUCAGGCAUUCCCGAGCAACAUAGGCCACUAGUAGGCUCCAGAACCGUUGACUCAAUGGUUCUGCGUCGAUUCAGGGACAGGAGACUUUUCUAUCGCUGAGAAGGUAGAAGGAGAAUGCAAAACUCCGGUGGGGUUCUUUCGAUCCUACCGAACGGUCCCCCCGCCGUCAACGGAGUUGAGCCAAAGGGCCAGAACGAGCAUGACCUCCUCACGUGCUCUAACACUGAGAGCUAGAAAGGUUGGAGCAAGAAGGCCGGGCGUCAUGGAUACCGUCAAACGCCGUGACUCCGUCGCUGAAUGGCAAGGCUCCUACGGGCAGGAGCUGUGGCUCUUUGCCCUACACAUGGUCCCUGUAGUCCAGUGGCCUGUCUCCAAGAGUGGCCAGCACUAGAUCCCUUGGAGGAAACCUUUCAGCGAUACAGAGGAGUCACCUCUUAACUCCCCAUGGCUGGCGAUUGACUCCUACUGGCAAAUAUCAUGAGAACUUCCAUCCUUCUCCAUCCAAGCCCGCAGAGCAGGAUUUCCUGGAUGCUCUGACCUGGGACAUCCCUUCCCGUCCAUCUUCUGAGGUUUGUAGGAGAUCUGAGGGGACCUCACCACUCUUCCUGGAAAGCGAGCGUCAAGAGAAGACAGUCAACUCAUCUUUGGAGGAGAACUGGUUGCGAAGGGCUGACAAGGGAGGGGGGCGAAAAGCUAUCGCCCAAGGUGGGGAAGCUUUUGAGAAAGGGUGCGUUGGGUUUUGUGAACUGCAGUCCGCACCAGUUGCAAGUCAACACAGAAUGUGGGACAUCCGCUCCACAGCUCAUGUCUAUAGGGACAAGGAAUGGCCCAAUUGGAUCAGACCCGUGGUCCACCUAGCCCGCGAUUGUGUUUUAACAGGAUGGUGUCCUCAGCCUUGCAUGCAGAAGACAAGAGGCUAGGAAUACUCUGUGCUCAGCAGUCCAGGACAAUUUGCUAGUUAAAGAUGGUGGGAUCGUUAGUUGGUUGGUUGAUUAUUUUUAAGAAGGCCGUAAAUACAGAAGCAGCCAGAACAGCAUUCUUAAAAUUACUGCUCUCCAUUUCGUCUGCUAGCUGACUGAUGGAAGUCUGAAGACAGCCAGUUGAGUUGGCCUACAAAGACCAACCUUGCUAAAAUGUUAGUGAUUAGACCCGGCACUCCAUCAUGCCGCCUGUUUGGGGUGGGACAAAGGAAGAACCUGUUGAAGCAGAUGACAGGCACAAGAGAUCAAUAGCUGUGCUUGAAGACAGUUUAUGGACGAACCCAGGAAGCUUCUGAACGGUUAGUAGGAUCUGCGGGAGUUUGUUUUGUAAUUAACGGAGGCGUUUGUCUUAAUGUCAGGGACAUAUGGAGAGGCAUUGGCACAUUGUGAUCUUUUGUAUUUCAGGGAGAAGAAUGUAAGUAAUUCUUUGUAUAUAAAGGACGGCAUCAAACAGA